AUGGCACAAUCCAGCGUAGAUUUACAAAUCAGUGAAAAGAUCUCUAAUACAGAAAAUGAUCAAAAUACUCUUUUGCAUCCUCCGCCUUCUUUUGCAGAAUCAGAGUUUUACCAGAUCAAGAUGAGACAACUGAAAAAGAGACGUGGAUAUGCAUUAAAGGGGACAAAUAUACCUUCCCGUUAUCCCAACUUGAGUAAUCUUUGGGAGUUUGCAGGCUGGGGAAGCACAUAUUAUGUAGAAAUAGAACCAUCUGAUAUAGAGCAAUAUGAAAAGGAGUCCAAGACAAAGACAGCCAUAGGUCAAUGGAGAGCUACAUCCAUUGCUGGUAACGAUCUGAUUGCUUCCGUGCUAUACUCAAUUGGACCGUGCGCUGUUCAGUCGGGAAAAUAUGCGCCCAUUUCUAUGCUACUGGUAGCCUUACUGAUGUAUCCAAUGAAGCGUAUCAUUACAGAAGUUGCCACAGCAAUGCCUUUAAAUGGAGGAACAUAUAAUGCACUGUUAAACACCACUUCAAAAGCAGCUGCUGCCGUUGCUGCCUGUCUAUCUAUAUUAGAUUAUCUAGCAACAUGUGUUGUAUCUGCAUCUACAGCUUCAGCUUAUCUAGCAGCAGAAGUUGAGUUACCUGCCAAGCUAACACCCUUCAUUAUUACUAUUAUCAUAUUGAUUGUUUUUUCAUUAAUUUGCAUCCUGGGUCUAAGAGAAUCAUCAACCUUGACUCUAUCCAUCUUCACACUGCAUUUGAUCACUCUUACUGCUGUUAUGGUCACUAGUGUCAUUGCCUGGGCCAGAUAUGGCAGUCAGACACUUGUAGACAACUGGCGUAAUAUACCCGAUCCACCUGGAUCCAAUCCUGUCCUAUUGAUCUUGAAAGGCUCUUGUAUAGGUUUAUUGGGUGUUACUGGCUUUGAGUCUGCAGAAAAUUACAUUGAAGACCUAAAACCAAACACGUUUCCCAAAGUCAUGAAUAAUAUGUUUGGUUUUCUAUUUAUUAUCAAUGCACCAUUGACACUGCUGACAACAGCACUUGUACCAAUCAAUGUCAUUCAAGAAAACGCUGCUAACGUCGUAUCCAUCCUUGGACAGUACGCAACAGGUGGUAGUCGAUGGUUACGAAUGUGGAUCAUGAUAGACGCUGUUAUCGUUCUCUGUGCGGGUGUACUGACAGGUCUUAUUGGAGCUGUUGGCCUAGUGCAAAGGCUGGCCAAUGAUGGUAUUUUACCUAAAUUCUUUUUAAUCCGAAACUCAGUGACAGGGUCCUAUCAGUACAUUGUCUUGGCAUUCUUGAUUUUGAGUAUCACUCUGUAUGCUAUUGUCGGAGGAGACACGAGCUCACUAUCCGGUGUCUUUGCUGUAGCAUUCCUAGGCAGCUUAUCUACGUUUGCGGUGGCUAAUAUACUGAUAAAGUAUAAACGUGAUCGAUUGCCACGCCAAGUCAAGGUCUCACUAGGCGUGUCAGUACUUGUGUUCUUGGUGCUACUGGCUGGUCUUGUUGGCAACAUUAUUAUUGAUCCUCAUAUUGCAGAAUAUUUUAUCAUCUAUUUUGUAGUUGUCUUGGCAGUCGUAUUAACCAUGUUGAAACGAUGCUGGCUAUGGAAGCUUUGUUACUGGCUAUUUGAUCAAAUGGGCUUGCAGCAUAAAUAUCCUCACGUGUCAGGAAGAAUAGAAAAUUAUAUACAAAAUCACAUCAAGAAUAUCAGAAAGAAUCCAAGUGUAUUUUUUUUGAAUACGGAUGAACCACAUGUAAUGAACAAGGCUAUACAAUACAUUAAGAAGAACGAACAUACAGGACAAAUCAAGUUUGUUUAUCUGUAUGAACAUUUGGAUGAUAUCCCUGAGGAACUAGAAGUGAAUCAUAGAAUGCUGGAUGAAGUAUACCCAAAGAUUCAAAUCGAUCUUGUUUUCAUUCAAGGAAAAUUCAACCCUGCUACUGUUGAUGCUAUCUCGAGACAGCUGGAUAUACCAAAGGCACAAAUGUUUAUGGCUUGCCCUGGACCAAACUUGAAAUAUUCAUUUGGAGAGUUUGGAGGAAUGAGAAUUAUAAUGCUUUAA